AGUAAUAUCUCUUCUUUCUCUGUUGAUUCGCCUUACAAUCGAGUCUUCUUAUUUUUUGUCGUGAUCGAUCAUUGAAUGAGAAGAGAAGCUGAGCAGCAAUGUCUGCAGAAAUCAUAGAUAUCGACCUGGAAGGGGAUUCAGAUGGUAGCGGGAAUGAGGUAUGCUUUUUGUUCACGAAUCUUAGUUUGAGAUGUGUGAAGGUUAUGCUUAAUGGUGGUGGUGUUGUCUUGUUCUUGUCUUGGUGUCUGAUGAGUGCAGAAACUGAUAAUGGUAGUAAAGGGGUUGAGACUGAGGGUCUUACUCAUGGUAAGGGGGUUGAUGGUGAGGUUCGUGUGGAGGAAGGCCAAAAGGAGAGUGUAGUUGAGGAUUAUUAUGAACCUGGACAAGAUUUUAAUGCAAAAGGUGUUUGGUUAGAGAAGGAAGAUGAAGCUAGUGUCGAGAAGGAACGUGCAGGUGCAUCAAAAAGUGAUAAUGUGGCUGAUGACCAUAAUGAUGAUCUCAAUGGGGACAAAGAGGCAAAAGGUGAUGAAGGGCAUUAUGAUCCUGUUAUGGAUAUCCCUGAGUUAAUAGAUAACGAAGGUGAGGAGGCUAUGGAGGCCAGAAAGAAGGUCAAGUCCUUUUGUUAUAAUUUCCAAGAGAAUAAUGCAGGACCUAGUUACUAUCAUGAUGGUGGUGUGAAUGCAGUAAGUCCUAGUAAACCUCUUGCAAUAGUCCAUGAUGAUGGUGAUGAAAUUCAAAGUGAUACAGAAUAUAGUUACAUUUCUAUUGAAGAAGAUGAUGGAAGUGAUGCUGAUCAUGCUUCUAGGAGGAGAGCUACACACGCUGUUUAUGAAGAAGUUGAAGAUGCUCUUCCAGAUAUAAGGUUAAGGAUGAUUUUUGUGAGCAAGGCACAUUUUAAAGCUGUUGUUGACAGAUGCAACAUGAUGCAAAGGAAGGAUGUUAAAUGGAAGAAGAAUGACAAUAAAUGGAAGAAGAAUGACAACAAAUGGAUUAAGGCUAUUUGUAAACAUGCCCCAAGCUUUGAUUGGAAAAUAUUAUUAUCAAAGGAUGCGGUGACAGAUUCUUGGAUGGUGAAGACAUAUAUUCAUGAGCAUACCUGUGGUGAGGAGUUGACAAGUAAGAGAUGCAACUCAACAAGUGCAUCAAAGUAUUUGGUUAAGAAGAUGGGUCUUGCUUCUCUUUACUUGAAAGCAGAUGACACUUUUCAAACCAUCCGGAGAAACAUUGGGUUGGAGUUAACUGGAAAACAAUGCAAGAAGGCAAGAGAGAAAAUUGCCCGUGUGUUUGAAGGAAAUUGUUUGAUGGAAUAUAGUAAACUGUGGGACUAUGUUGCUGAGCUGAGGAGAAGAGAUCCAGCAGCCACAAUUCUCAUUUAGGCACCAAGGCCGACAACAAAUGCAAAUUCUAUUUUCAUGAGAAUGUAUGUAUGUUUUAGCGUUAUGAAACUUGGAUUUGUUGCUGGUUGUAGGCAUGUAAUAGGGGUUGAAAGAGCUUUUCUUAAGAGAGCAUAUAAAGGAGUUUUCCUGGU